GGGAAGCUUCUGUCUCCCGCCUUCUUCUGGCCGGCCUCCUCUCUAAAGAGCACCUGUCCCGCCCCCCUCCUCUCCGAGGCGGCAGGUGCCCCGGGGGCCGCCCCCGGGAGGGGGGCGGGCGAGGAGGGGGGUGUCGCCUCCCUCCACCAUCUGACCGCCUCGGCCAGCCCGCCUCGCUCGCUCGCUGGCUCCCUCCCCGUCGCCAGUGCAAAAGCGGCGCGCCCCCGGGCGCCGGGCCGAGAUGCCCGCCGGAGCGGCCGCGGGCGAGGAUGUUGCACUGGAAUGAGGAAGUGGAGUGGCGGGGAGGGGAGGGACCCAGAGCCCAGCUGCCUCCCGCCGCCGCCGCCUUCGCGCUCCUGGGCCGAGGAGCAGCAGCAGCAGCAGCAGCAGCACAUGGAGCGGGCGAGCCCUGGGCCGCCGGAGCAGGUACCGUAUUGCCCCUCCGCGACGCGCAGCCGGAAUGGGGGUCCUCUGCCAAACUUUCCCCGGAGGGGAGGCCGAAAGUUGGGGCGAGGAGGAGCGGGAGACGCGUCGCCGGGGGUGCGCUUCCCAGCCAGCGGCCGGGAGUUCCCGGUCCGGUUCUUCCCGGAACACCUGUUUCUAGUUAUACAGCCACCUUCAGAUCACUUGGGGAAAAUGGAAACAGACGAGGCUCAAGAUAUAACCCAAGUUUCAGCUGCAUAUGGGGCCGAAGGCUUUAGGGACUUCCACGCCAUCCUCCCCAAAUCCUUUUCCCCCAGUAAUGUUAAAAUAGAGACACAGAGUGAUGAAGAGAAUGGGCGUGCCUGUGAGAUGAAUGGGGAAGAAUGUGCGGAGGAUUUACGAAUGCUUGAUACCCCGGGAGAGAAAAUGAAUGGCUCACACAAUGGCGGCAAAGCCAUGUCAGGCGUUGGAGGCAUUCGGCUCCCAAACGGAAAGCUAAAGUGUGAUAUCUGUGGGAUAAUUUGCAUCGGCCCCAAUGUUCUUAUGGUUCACAAGAGGAGCCACACUGGCGAACGCCCCUUCCAGUGUAAUCAGUGCGGGGCAUCCUUUACUCAGAAAGGCAACUUGCUCCGCCACAUCAAGUUGCACUCCGGUGAGAAGCCGUUCAAGUGCCACUUGUGUAACUACGCUUGUCGCCGGAGGGAUGCUCUUACGGGCCACCUGAGGACCCAUUCUGUCGGCAAGCCCCACAAAUGUGGAUAUUGCGGUCGGAGCUAUAAGCAGCGGAGCUCUUUGGAGGAGCACAAGGAGCGCUGCCACAACUAUUUGCAAACCAUGACCCUCUCGGGCGGCCUUUAUCCCGUCAUGAAAGAGGAAACAAGCCAGAGCGAAAUGGCUGAAGACCUGUGCAAAAUGGGAUCCGAGCGAUCCCUGGUGCUGGACAGGCUCGCGAGUAACGUCGCCAAACGUAAGAGUUCUAUGCCUCAGAAAUUUGUGGGUGAGAAAUGCAUGUCCGACGGUCCUUACGAUGCGACCAUUAGUUACGAGAAGGAGAGCGAUAUGAUGCAGACCCACGUCAUGGAUCAGGCCAUCAACAAUGCCAUCAGCUACCUAGGGGCGGAGUCGUUGCGCCCCCUGGUGCAAACCCCACCGGGGGGCUCUGAAGUCGUGCCCGUCAUCAGCCCGAUGUACCAGCUCCAUAAGCCCCCCGGAGACAGCCACGCCCGCGCCAAUCACGCCGCUCAGGACAGUGCGGUGGAAAACCUGCUCUUGCUUUCCAAAGUCAAGUCGAUCUCAUCCGAAAGGGACCCAUCGCCCAGCAACAGCGGCCACGACUCCACUGACACAGAGAGCAACAAUGAGGAACGCAGUGGUUUGAUUUACCUCACGAAUCACAUCGCGCCCCAUGCGCGCAACGGCCUCUCUGUGAAAGAAGAACAUCGGCAGUACGACAUCCUGAGGGCCGGCAGCGACAGCUCCCAAGACGCUUUCAAGGUCAUCAGCGGCAACGGGGAGCAAGUGAAGGUUUACGUCUGUGAACACUGUCGCGUCUUAUUCUUAGAUCAUGUCAUGUACACCAUCCACAUGGGCUGUCACGGGUUCCGUGACCCUUUCGAAUGCAACAUGUGCGGCUAUCGCAGCCAGGACAGGUACGAGUUCUCUUCUCACAUAACCCGAGGGGAACACCGCUUCCGCAUGAGUUAAAACUUUUUCCUGCACGUCGGAGUUGCCCAAGGGCGGCAGCAACCCCUCUCGCUUUCCUCCUCCCACUCCGAAACACAAAGCGGCAGACAGACAGCAACGGGACAGCAUCUAAUCCAAAUCAGGAGGUUGGGGCCCCCCAUACAUGGACUCCUCUUGGUAGCAUGCACACACCAUUCAGCUUUAUACUAUUAAUAGUGAUGCUCUUCCUGCAGAAAGAUAUGAGCCGUCGGAAACAUUAGUUAAAGUAAGUAGGAGCUUUUUUAGUUAGGUCGAGGAAGCCCUUUCUUGCUAGCAGUUCUUUUCAGCCACCCCCUCCUCCCUCCCCUUUCACGCAUGGCAAGUU